GCGACAGAAUGUGUAUUCGGUGCCAAUAGAGAAGUAAGCUCGCAAAUUAAAAAGAAAAACCUGCGGUUAGCUGGACUCGCUCGAAAAAGAGGAGAAAUAUCAAACGUAUUUCAAGUUUUUAAUCAGGAGCCGGUACAACCAUUAUCUCCGCAAAUCGACAAACGUUUUCUUCUGAAGCUGAACUGGACUCUGGCUGGUACAUUUAUUUCCACCGGACGGACUGGCAAAUAAAACAUCGAUAUACAUACAUAAUUCAAUCGCUCGUUCUCUUUGCUGUUGGGUUUUGUUCGUGUUUCUGCUUCAAAAUGCUGCCGGAGCUACCACUUGAAUUAACUGGAGAACUGUUUAAAUACCUCAGCGAGAAAGAUAAGCUGAGUUUGGCCCAAGUAAACAAGAAACUUGGAUGCGUUUUUGCGUACCACGCUAAAGGAAAGUAUAAGUCACUUUUAGUCCAUGAAGAAAUAAAUUCAAAUGAGGCCUACACAGACAACGAGCUUCGAGUUAUUCUGUCGUUAUGCGGAUCAAAUGUUGAGUUUAUUUCAAUGCUACGUGUUAAGGUUGUGGACGAACUGGGAGAGCUCAUAGAAAAAAACUGCAUCAACCUCAGGCAUGCCGAUUUGAUGAUAACCAAUGAAAAUGUAGACGCUUUAAAACGUGUUUUAAAAAUGAGAUGCAUUGAAAAGCUUUCCAUAGAUGUCUUGCAUUAUCGCGGAUCGGAUCUGCUCCAGCACGUGAAUCCAUACUGCAAGGAUUUGAAGUUGGAGAGCAUUUCGAUGGGCCAGGAGCAACACAUAAAGGAACUGAUACACUUGGAAAAAUUGAAUGUACAUUCGAAUGAUGCACGAAAUAUUUUCGAAAUAUGCUCCCAUCUUCCACGGCUUCGCGAACUCACUACGAACCGUUUUGAGUAUCCCUCAGAUGUAAAACAGGAUUAUUUAUAUCCUGAAUUGGAGUUGCUGAUACUUAGCAAUUUUGAAAUGCCAUUGGACUUGCCAGUAUGUCCGAAACUCAAAAAGUUUAUAUUGCUAUCGAGUGAAUGCAACACAGAAAAUAUUGCUGACAUUGUUUCAAAGUACGGAGACACACUGGAGCAUCUAGACAUCACCUAGAAAUAAUCGACACCAAUUCUAUGCGGAGCAUACAAUAAUAGUUCUCGGAAAAUAUGACAGAGUUCCCAAACUCCGAAGUGUGGAACUUGAUCACAUUUCCCAAUACAUCCUCCAAUGCUGGGAAAAUUACAAUUAGUAAGAAUACUGAAAAUGAAUAAUUUUUUUUUAGAAUCAAAAUUGAGUAAAAUGUUAAUUUAUAAGUUCGCAACCCAAAUUAAAAUUGUCAGUCUACCCGCGUUAUGCCGAGGAGGACGUAAAUAUACGAAAAACGAAA